AUGCAGGCACUAAUUCAGAAACAUAUGGAAAAUGCCAUCGCCCUGAGGAAACCAGCCUCUUCGCUUCCGUGGCGACUCGAUGAGCCCUGGAAGCAGCCUCUGUACAGUUGGAGCAGCAACGCGGAUGAAUGGCAACCACCCCAAGCAUCCGAGCCCUCACGAGGCCGACCCCAAGCAACCAAGUUGGCUAUCUACAGUUGGAACAUUGACUUUAUGCUCCCUCAUGGCGAUAGGCGAAUGAACUCGGCGCUGAAGCAUCUUGAGGAGCUGAGUCGCCAGCAUCGAUCUGAUGACAAAACAGCGGUUGUCUUCAACAUUCAAGAAUGCGUUCCAUCUGAUUUAGAUCUCAUUGGUGAAAAGAAUUGGAUUCGGGAUGGCUUUUACCGGACAGAUACGGAUACUGAGAACUGGGCAUCGGGCGCUUAUGGCACAACGACGCUGGUCGAUCGCCGACUUAAUGUCCUGUCCUGUUUUCGAGUACAUUACUCGGCGACUCAGAUGGAGCGCGACGCCCUCUUCGUUGACGUAGAAGCAUCCGGGCAGAAGCUUCGACUUUGCAACACUCACCUCGAAUCACUUGCAUUAGAACCACCACGCCGCCCGGCGCAAAUGGAGGUCAUCGCUUCACAAAUGCACUCUGAUGACGUCUCUGGCGCCGUUGUAACAGGUGACUUUAACGCCAUCCAACCAUUCGACAGAACUCUUCACACAGAUAACAAGCUUGAAGACGCAUACCUCAAACUCGGGGGCACAGAAGGCGACGGUAGGGAUGAUAAUGAAGGGUAUACAUGGGGACAGCAGGCCCUCCCACAACUGCGACAGCAAUUUGGCUGCUCACGCAUGGACAAGGUGUUUUUCUGUGGUGAUGGACUUAAGCUGUUGGAGUUCGAGAGGUUUGGUGCUGAUGUUGAGCCGGAUGAGUCGGAGGAGGAUGUUCGGAAGGAUUUGGUGUCGCUUGGCUUUGAGAAACCGUGGAUCACUGAUCAUCUUGGUGUCAAGGCGGUUUUUGAGAUCAAGCAUUGA